AUGGAGCUCAAAAUCCAGUCUGGACGCUCUUUAAGAGUCUGGCUAAACAACACUGUUCAUGACCUUCUAUACGGGAUCAGUUUAUGGCCGGAGUUGUUUAUAAAUGGCCAGACAGUCAAGUUUCGAUUGGCCUCUGGUGGGCAGGAUAACAGACUGAGGAUAUGGAUUAUUUCCCAGCAUGCAGCAGCAGGAAGGAAGUCACUGGGUUACUCCAGAACGCUGGUCAGUGAUUGGUCAGUGGUGGACACGUUUAGGACCCACAACAUCGACGGGGCCGAGCUCAUCAACUUAAACACAGAGACCCUGAGCACCGAGUUUAAGAUCGAUGGAUUUUCCUGUGAAAGAGAGGUGAUGAAGAACUGGAUCUACGUUCAUAAUGGCUCCAACCCAAUGACCAACCGGCCUUUAAAAACCACGCUGCUGAUUGCCAGCAGAAGCCUGAAGAUGGCCAUACAGGGCUGGAAGAGCAGCCACUGAACACUCUAUCUUCACAAACUCUGCAAACAUAUCCAAAUAGCUUCCACAAGGGUGUUUUUACAGCCAUGUUAUAGAAGAGCCAUUUUUAAUUCUCCAAAGAACCUAUCAGUGAUAUUUUUUAUUUUUAUAGAACCUUUAUGAAAUGGAGAGAUUAUUAAAAGGGGUAGUUAACUGCUGUUUAGUUUUUCUUUGUACAGUUCCACAUAUUAUGUUAUGAAUAUUUUUUUUACAUAAAAACAGCAUUGUUUAGAAUAUGCUGUUUGAUGUCGUUUUUUUUUACUUUAGU